GUCGGGCUGAGCGGCCAGCCCGGCAGGAUGGAGGCUGCCCAGCGCUGCGCCCCGCUCCUGCUGCUGCUGCUGCUGUGGGCGCUCGUGGGGGCCCGGCUGCUGCCCCCCGACGGCCCCAGCCCCAGCCCCAGCCCCGAGCUCCGUGCCCUGCAGGCCCUGCUGCGGCUGCUGGAGCCCCCCGACGCCGGGCCGGGCUCGGAGCAGGAGCAGGACGGCGCGGACGAGCCCCCCGACGAGCCCGGCCCCUCCGGCUCGCCCCUGCCCGCGGCCUGGCGGAGCCUGCUGGCGGCGCCGCGGAGGAGCCGGCACUUCUCGGGCUGCUUCGGCACGAGGAUGGAGCGGAUCGGGGCGCAGAGCGCGCUCGGCUGCCAGCGCUACCGAGCCCGCGCCUGGCGGCGGGGGAGGAGCUGAGGGCGCGGCGCAGACGGAGCGAGCGACCCCCGCGGGCGGCCCCGGCCAGGCCCGCCUCAGCACCGCGGACAGCGCCGGGGCCGCCCCAGCCCGCGGGCCGGCAAGAGCGAGCGCCUCCGCCUCCGCCGCUCCCAGCCGCCGCGAGCAACAUUAAACCUUCCCGUGGCUCAGCCGCCGGCCCCGGCUCUUCCUUCCCGUCCCGUCCUGUCCCGUCCCGUCCCGUCGCGUGCGGGGAGGGCGCGGGGUGCUGCAGGGGCACGCGGGCGGGCGGGCGCCUCCUGCCCCCGGGGGCUCCGCGCAUCUGGAGGGCACCGGCCCAAGCCCGCCGGGCCGCUCCGCGGGGCUGGAGCCGAGGAGGCCGCCGGGCGCCGAGGCAGGAGGGAGGUUUCCGCGGGGCUGGGAGGAGGCAGGAGACAGGGCCGGGCUGACCGGACCCGCGCGCAGGGGAGGGGCGGCUGGCACCUGGGGAGGGAGAGAGAAGCAGAAGCCCCCGGAGCCAUGAAGGGAAGUGAAGCAACUUUAUCCCCCGGCUCCCAUCUGCCCCUGGCCUUGGAAGUCACCCAUGAACCAAGCGGCCCUUCCAGCAAGCACACGCGGGGAACCCACAGCUAGGACUUGGCACCGGGAUGCUGGGGGGAGGAAUUCUGCCCAGGGGAGGAGGGACAGCCCCAGCCCUGGGGCAGCUUUGCGUCCAAGGUCCUGCAUCUCCACAUCUCACUGCUGCCCUGAGCUGCACUCAGCCCCUCUGCCAUCUCCCAGGCGCCGAGGGGCUGCAGGGACCAAGCCCUUCAAAGAGCACGCUGCUGUGGCCAGACAGCCCAUUCCCCAGGUGACUGAUGUAUACACAGCCACAGACGCUGGAUAUGACAUACUGACUCCAGACAAAGCAGCUCCCUACAAUAAGUGUUUCCUCCAUGGGACGUUGUCAACAGCUCAUUUUAACCCCCUGUCUAGAUCCAAGCAAUCAUCAGGGAGCAAAAAGGCUAACAGGGUGUGAAGGCCAGACCUGACAAUACUGACAGCUAAGUAAGCAGCAAGGGAGCACAUCUCAGGACAUGGCAGCGGCUGAUUGCUAAGAGGGCUUUGCUGUGGGGAGCCCAGCUCGCUGCUUCAUUGCUGCUUUGGUCUCCUCAGGGCCCCAUCGCUCAGGGAUAAGCCCUGCUGUUCACAGCAGCUUUGCCUGAAUGAGGACACUGGGAUUCAACAUGCAAGGAACAAAGAGUUGAACUAUAUUGAUUAAGGGCCCAGAUCCCACCACCAUAUACUCCAGUAUCUUUAAUGCAGCUGUUGGGAGGUGGGAGUGGGCAAAAUGUGGUCCUAAAAAUGUGACACACACACACAUACUCUCUCUCUCUCUCUCUCUCUCCCUGUCCCUGCCACAGACACCCUGUAAGAUUCCAGGCAAGUCACUUACCCUAAACUUUUCAGAUGUGGUCAUUAUUAGUGUUCCUCGCUUUCUGGGUCAAGACCUAGAUGAAGACCCUGAUAUCUGAUUUUCAAGAGUACGGGACAGUCCGAUGCCCAUGAAGUCCACUGCCAUGUGUGUCUGAACAGGGAGUAGCAUGCUGAGAAAUCAGGUUCUAGGUGCCUCAUAUUAGUCAUUUCCCCACCCCAAAAGUGUGUGCGUGUACAUUUUGGACCAUCAUCUCCAUGCCCCUUAGUCCCCAUCUUCAGAAUAGGGAUAAUAAGAGCUCUUUGCAUAGAGGUGUUGUGAAGACAGACACAUGGAAGUCCAUGAAGCAUUCAAAACCUACAGAGCCCAGUGACACAGCAAAGCCCACAAAGCAGCUAAUUAUUCUGCCUUCGGUGAAGGAUUUGAAUAGCAUGCAAUAAAUAAAACAGCGUCACCCCAAUCAGAAGGAGAGGGCAAAAUAGCCAAGAGCUGUUCACCCACCCUGUGCACUGACAGAGGCAGAGGUCCAGUGAAAAAAAAAUAGGGUACGAUAGUGUAAUUAAGAGGCUAUCAUAGCACCUACGUACAGAGAGCUAAAUUGAGGAUGCAGAGGAAAGCUUCAUUCUGGCAUUUUCUAACCUUUGAGCGUUUGACUUACAGCCUUCAUAAUGCCCUAUUCAAGUUGGGGAUUUGUGCAUGCAUACGCACAGUGUUUAUAUUGUCACACACACUGUAUGCGAAUGACAAACAGCAUAUCCUUUUUAAUAAACAUUUCAGGAAAUUCUUUUCAA